AUGCUAGUCGGUGCCUGGCUGUUGUUGACCGUCAAUUUUGGGAGUUUCUUGGGUACUCCACCACAAUUGGAGAUCUUCGAAGAGAUUAUCUGCCAGAAACAUCGACAAUCGCUGGGCGAAGGCGUGUUCCAGAAUGGCACUGUUUUUUCUGACGGCGAUAUAUGUAAGUCAGAGCCGGUGCAGAGUGAGCUCGCUUUUGUGACGGGGUGGAAGAACACGCUGGAUAUCCUACCGUCUGUGGCCCUGGGCUUGCCGUUUGGCGUGUUGGCCGACAAAAUCGGACGACGGCCUAUUACCAUUGUGUCCCUUGUCGCGACAGGGUUGAGCGAGGUCUGGCCGAGGCUUGUUUGCUGGUUUGGAUGGCCUCUGCGGCUAGUUUGGCUGACGGGUCUCUUCCGUGCUCCUGGAGGCGGUGAUCUGGUCGCUACAUCUAUGCUUUUGACAGUUGUGGCGGAUGUUUUCGAUGCGGAUGAAAGGGCCACGGCGUUGUUCCGCCUGACCUCAUUAUCUAUCAUCGCUGAAAUCACGGCAACUCCAAUCAGCGCUUCCACAAUGGCUGUUAGCCCAUGGAUUCCGUAUAUAGCAGGCUCAGUUAUCAUGCUCAUAGGGUCCCUGUCUAGCCUUUUCAUCCCCGAGACCCUCGGCGUAGGAACGGCAAGACCGAUAAUGGAGGAAGCCGACGAACAGGAAAUCCCAGAGUCGCUGCAACCGUCCUCGCAAAAGGAUACCGUCUUCCAAAUCGUCGUCAGCCAAGCUCAAGAGUUCCUCAACUCAUCAGCUUUUAUGUGGCAGAAACCGUCGGUUCUUGUGUCUCUACUUGUUGUCUUUGCUGGAAGUCUGGAUAAGAGCAACCUGGCUUUGCUUAUCCAGUAUGCCUCUGCAAAGUUCCACUGGACCAUCGCUCAAGCAGCUUAUCUCAUCUCCCUCCGCGGCGCCGUGACUCUCACACUCUACCUAGCAAUCAUCCCGUUAAUAUCAUCAUUACUUAUCCACAAACUCCGUUACACCGCCCUACAAAAAGACCUGUUUAUCGCUAGAAUGGCUGCGAUGGCCGGUGUGAUUGGGUAUUUCUUGGUGUUCAUUGCACCACAUACCGCGCCGCUCAUUGUCGGGAUUGUGUUCAUGUCGCUGUCCAUGCCAUUCGUGAUUUCAGUCAUGAGCGUAGCCACGUCUUUUGUGUCGGCAGAGCACGUAGCAACACUGUUCAGUGCCAUGUCCGUGUCUCAAGCUCUUGGCAACAUUGUCGCUGGCCCGACAUUCGCCAAGUUCUAUGUGGUCGGUAUGCAGUUCGGGCUGAGGUGGUCCGGCCUCCCGUUUGCAUUUGGAUCCGUGCUGUUUUUGAUGAGUUUGAUACCAGUUCUGAUCAUGAGGGUGCAUAAUAGAGCUUAA